GUAAUAUUUUUCUCUCUAGUUUUCAUGAUGAGAGAUAGUAAUACCCUAUGGUAAAUAAGUUUACGACGUAUAAGGAUGACAGCGAACCAGUAGAGGAUUUAUUAAGCCUUAAUUUGUAACCGAAAGGAAAUGCAGAAGUAUUCAAACGGAAAGUUAGCUAUUCAUUUUCGUAUUGAUUAAUAAUUGAUAAAACCUAAAAUAGAUUUUAAAUAAUCACUGCAGUCAUACAAGAUGCUGUUUUUGGCCGCUGGUGAAAUUUGAUGGACAAAUAACAGCUGCAAUUUCUUAACUAAUUAGUACUUAACUUUACCGUACGAAGUACUGUUUCCGUUGAAUGCCACAUGUUUUAAUUUAGAUUAGUACAGACAAUCUCGUUUAAUUGAGGGAAUAUGUGUUGUUUUCUUUAAUGACAUGUCAAUGUUGGUCAGGACAGGCACCGUUGUACGUAAAAACCGACGAAGGUCGAGCAGCAAGGGAUCGACACGAAGAGGGUCAGCACCAACUGUUCUCCAGCCAACAGCGCCAUCACCGUCAGCCCAUCUCGGAAUCAAUCAAAAUGUUAGAACAUACCUUACACCUCAACCGUCGCCGUCUAAAAGCGUCACCUUUAGUUUUGAUUCAGAGAGAAUGACUGCAUCCGGUGCUAACUCGCGACAGCAUAGUAUAGUGAGCGAAAAACCUUCAAAUUAUGGGAGUGUUGUGUUAUGGAAAGACACGUCGGAACCUGACUUUUCUUUUAACCUUAUGAGUAAUUUGUGUGAGGCCAUGGUUGAGGCAGACGGAACAUGUGAUUUCAUACAACGUGCCUUUUUAAUAGUUUGUGGAACAUGGCCUGUGACGGUGUUUUCUGGAGUUCUGAUGUCCUUGCCGAUCGCUAUGAUGAUUAUUGGAGUUAAAUAUCUCGAGGACUGCCCAAAGGAAAGGAAACUACCUAUUUAUUUACUCGUUGGUGGAUGUUUUGGAACUAUAAAAUUAACGCUUAUGAUGUGUAGUCAAAUACGUCUAUUGAAUGACGAGGAUGACGAGGACUUUCACGACGACAAUGAGUUGGCGACGAUUAGCAGAAUGGCAAAUGUCGGCUUAACAAUAUUUUUGUCAAUUUGGUUUGUUUUUGGAAACUGUUGGUUUUUCGAUAUUUGGAAGCCAAACUUCCGUUCCCCUCUUCAUGAACCUAAGAAUUGGUGCGAUAAAACGGUUUAUAAUUUCACAUAUUAUCAUUUGAUUGUAUGCCAUACAUUAAUUGGUAUUGUUUUGUGUUUGACCUUUUUAUUUUGUUGUUGUUUUACAUGUGUAAAAUGCUCUAAUGAUUUGGAAAAGGUCUAAACUGACGGUUUAAUGAUCAAAACGAAAUUCAUAAAUGAAACUCUUAACUGAAAAAAGUCAACCAGUAUGAUAUAAUCAGCCUUGUCAACAUCUCAUAAUCAAGUAUGUUGUUAUUAAAUUAAGCUAUAUCGCAUCAAAGUUGAAAAAAAUAAUUUCAGUUUAAAUUUUUCGACGGAAACAAAGUAAUUUACGCUUUGAACAAAUCAUUAUAAGUAUUAUGAAUUUUCGUUAAACAAAAAUAUGUUUUAAGAAGCAUGAUCAUGAUCGUUAAUCGUUUCUAUUUCGAAUAAUCCAUUUUCAAAUUACCGACCUCGCUUCCAAUUUUACAAAUUGUGAACAAAGGGAGACAACUCUGAAUUUUGGACAGUCUGAGUUCAUGUCAAUGUGAACCUAUGGAAAAAAGUAUGUCUUGAUGCAGGCAACCUUUUAAUAAGUGUCAUUCCGUUACCGCCUUGUAUUCAUCCCCCUUUCUCACCACAAACAAUAAAUAUGGAAUGCACGAAUACGAAUACGAAGUCAAAGUUUUCUUUUAAAUUAUAUAUAAGACACCAUAAUCGUACCACUUGCUUUUCAAGAGUUUGCAUAUGUUUUCCGACCUAUGAAUUGUUUCCCUUUACAACUUCUAAAAUUAGACUAUUGUACAAAAGAAGAUACAAACAGAUAAUACAUUUAUAUAAAAACGAAAAACUUGGAAAAGAAGGAACACAAACUGUAAUAUUAUAAUAUAUCAUGUUCUUCUAAGAUUGCGAUUUUUGGCUGUUUACAUGUUUUAUUUAUAUUAUAAUCGUUAAAUUCCUAAUGUAUACGCAUGGUUGUGAUGAUUUGUGUAUCUGGCUUCUAAAGCUAAAUAUCUAUUUUUAUCAUUUAAUUAUAAGAUGUAUUUAUGUAUCCAAAAUUCUGAGCAUUAAUGUCCAAAUAAAACGUGAUACCAG